CAUUAUUACUUUAACUGGGAGAAAAACACCGCAUAUUUCUUAAAGUCCACGAAAAGUUGUAAAAUUUUGCUAAUAAAUGUAGUAUUUUAUAAAUUAAAACUGUAUCAAUAUAAACUUUAAUAUGUGCUCCUUCUAAAUAUCCUUAAAUUUGUUAAUAAAAAACUAGUAUUUAAGCGAAAAAAGAAAAAAAUAAUUUUUAGAAAUUUUCAAGACUAAACGCGAAAAAAUCAAGAACAAGAAGAAGCAUUAGCUAAAAUUAUGGAUACCGACAGUGAUGAUGAGGGCUCCAUUGGCAAUGGUGAUGGCGGUAGUCAAAGUAGCCAACAGGGCGAAGAAGGAGGCUUUGGAAUGGACUUAACGGGUAUUCUUUUUGGUAAUAUUGAUUCAGAGGGUAAAUUAAUGGAUGAUGAUGGUGGUGGAGGCUUCGAUCCGGAAUUUAGAGAACAUUUGGGUUCAUUAGCCAAAAUGGGCUUACAUUCGAUGUUGAAUGAAGUUAUCGAAAAAGAAGAUAUAGAUGAAGAACUAGAUGAAACAAAUGAAAAAGAAAAAGAAACUGAAGAAUCCAAAAAACCAAUGAGUAAUUUUGAUGCUUUAAAGUCCGGUCUUUUAGAUCCUAAAAAUGAGCAAGAAGAUGAAAACGGUGAAAUUAUUAAAGAUGCUGAUGCUGUGGAUUAUUCGGAUAUAACAGAACUAUCCGAAGAUUGCCCUAAGACUCCUCCAACACAGAAAACAACAGAAGAAAUGGCGGAGUGUUUGCAAGAUUUAGAAGAUGCCAUACCGGCUUCUACAGUGCAGGCUGAUGUUUUCACUACCAUUAACAAAGAUGAUAAGGAACUAAUGCCUCCUCCCAGCAUACCGGUGAGAAAUAAUAUGCCAGACAUGCCGGUUAAGAGUGGUUCAGAUAGUGGCAUGGAUUCUGAUACAAAGCAAGAAAAAGCACCAGAACGUAAAUUAGAUACACCCUUGGCUGAUAUGUUGCCCUCUAAAUAUGCCAAUGUAGACGUGCGCGAAUUAUUUCCCGAUUUUAGACCUGAUAAGGUUUUAAGAUUUUCACGUCUUUUUGGACCGGGAAAACCUUCAAGUCUUCCACAAAUUUGGCGCCAUGUUAAGAAAAGGAGACGCAAACGAAAACAGUCCCGUGAUCACAAAGUACACAACCCCGGUUCAGAUUCUACCAGCGAUUCCGAAGAACCGCGCAAAAAAGGCUUUGGUAUACAUUAUGGCCCCGAACCAAAACCAGCACAAUGUCAAUCGGAUGAUGAGGACAAACUAUUGAGUAUAUUCAAUGAUGAGGAUAUUAAGCAUGAACCAGAAAGUGGUGAUAAUAGUGAUAGUAAACCAAAAAUUGCCGAUUGGCGUUAUGGACCGGCACAAAUUUGGUAUGACAUGUUAGAAGUGCCAGAUUCGGGAGAUGGUUUUAAUUAUGGCUUUAAAGUACGACACGAACAUAAAAAUCCCAAAUCUAUGCAACAUAUUAAAAAGGAAGAGCCUAAAGAAGAAGUGGUAGAAGAACCUUUAGCCGAUGAUGCAUUUCUAAUGGUCUCUCAACUACAUUGGGAAGACGAAGUUGUUUGGGAUGGCAAUGAAAUUAAAGCAAAAGUACUACAAAAGUUAAAUUCUAAAACUAAUGCAGCUGGUUGGUUACCAUCUAGUGGCUCUCGAGCUUUUACACCCGCUGGAAAAACGUUGCCAGUAACCGCAUCAACAGGUGGUAAAAUAACAGGUUCAAGCAGUUCUUCUAGCAAACAAAAAUCAAAUCAAAACUUACCCAGCAAACCUCCUGAAGCUGUGGACGAUACUUGGUAUAGUAUUUUCCCAGUGGAAAAUGAAGAAUUAAUCUAUAGCAAAUGGGAAGACGAAAUUAUAUGGGAUGCAGAAGAGAUGACUAAAAUACCUAAACCUAAAGUUUUAACUUUAGAUCCAAAUGAUGAGAAUAUUAUAUUGGGUAUACCCGAUGACAUCGAUCCUUCUAAAAUUAAUAAGAAUACAGGACCGCCACCCAAAAUUAAAAUUCCACAUCCUCAUGUUAAAAAGUCAAAAAUUUUACUGGGCAAGGCAGGUGUUAUCAAUGUUUUAGCUGAAGAUACUCCACCGCCACCACCAAAAUCACCGGAUAGAGAUCCAUUUAAUAUAUCUAAUGACAGUUAUUACAUGCCCAAAGCAGAGCCAACUUUACGUUUGAAAGUGGGCGGUGGCAGUUUAAUACAACAUUCAACACCUGUCGUAGAAUUAAGAUCACCAUUUAUACCCACGCACAUGGGACCAAUUAAGUUAAGAGCAUUUCAUCGUCCUCCUCUAAAGAAAUAUUCCUACGGUCCACUUUCACAGUCAGUGUCACAUAGUGUGUUGCCUUUAAUGAAGCACAUUGCUAAAAAGGCUAAACAACGUGAUGCUGAACGUAUUGCCUCGGGUGGCGGCGAUGUAUUCUUUAUGCGUAAUCCCGAAGAUUUGAGUGGCAAAGAUGGCGAUAUUAUACUGGCAGAAUUCUGCGAAGAACAUCCACCCUUAAUGAAUCAAGUUGGUAUGUGUUCAAAAAUUAAAAAUUACUACAAACGUAAAGCUACCAAGGACAAUGGUCCACAAGACUUUAAAUAUGGUGAAACUGCUAUUGCACACACUAGUCCGUUUUUGGGUAUUUUACAUCCCGGUCAAUGUAUACAGGCUCUAGAGAACAAUAUGUAUCGAGCACCUAUUUAUCCACACAGUGUCAGCAACACAGACUUUUUGGUCAUACGUACUCGCAACAACUACUGGAUACGCGAAUAUAAUGCCAUCUUUACUGUAGGGCAAGAAUGUCCUCUGUAUGAAGUGCCAGGUCCCAACUCAAAAAGAGCUAAUAACUUUACAAGAGACUUUUUGCAAGUGUUCAUUUAUCGUUUGUUUUGGAAGAGUACCGAUAAUCCCAGACGUAUACGUAUGGAUGAUAUAAAACGUGCUUUCCCCGCUCACUCGGAGAGUAGUAUACGUAAAAGGCUGAAACAGUGUGCAGACUUCAAACGUACUGGCAUGGAUUCAAAUUGGUGGGUUAUUAAACCAGAAUUUCGUUUACCUUCCGAAGAAGAAAUUAGAGCUAUGGUUUCACCAGAACAAUGUUGUGCGUACUUUAGUAUGAUAGCAGCGGAACAGAGAUUAAAGGAUGCUGGUUAUGGCGAAAAGUUCUUAUUUGCUCCGCAAGAAGACGAUGAUGAAGAAGCUCAACUCAAGCUUGAUGAUGAAGUUAAAGUAGCACCUUGGAAUACAACAAGAGCUUAUAUACAGGCUAUGAGAGGAAAAUGUUUACUACAACUUACUGGACCCGCAGAUCCUACAGGUUGUGGAGAAGGGUUUUCAUACGUGAGAGUACCAAAUAAACCUACGCAAACAAAAGAAGAACAAGAAUCCCAACCAAAACGCACAGUCACCGGUACCGAUGCCGAUUUACGUCGUCUACCUUUACAAAGAGCCAAGGAACUGCUGCGUAAAUUUAAAGUACCCGAAGAAGAAAUAAAAAAACUCUCUCGAUGGGAAGUCAUUGAUGUUGUUCGUACAUUAUCCACCGAAAAGGCUAAAGCUGGUGAACAAGGAAUGGAUAAAUUCUCCAGAGGUAAUCGUUUCUCAAUAGCCGAACAUCAAGAACGUUAUAAGGAAGAAUGUCAGCGUAUAUUCGAUUUACAAAAUCGUGUUUUGGCCAGUUCGGAAGUUUUGUCUACAGAUGAAGACGAAUCAUCAGCUUCUGAAGAAUCCGAUUUAGAAGAAUUGGGUAAAAAUCUGGAAAACAUGUUGUCUAAUAAAAAGACAUCUACUCAGUUGACGAUGGAAAGAGAAGAACAGGAAAGACAAGAAUUGCUUAAGAAAAUUAUGGAAGACGAAGAAGGCAACAAAAACAAAGGAGAUAAAAAUAAAGAUGGCAAUGCCGAUGGUCAACAACAGUCUUUACAAAAUUCAAAUCAAGGUAGAAUAUUAAAGAUUACCAGAACAUUCAAAGAUUCAGAGGGUAAAGAGUAUACCAGAGUAGAGACGGUCAGAAGACAACCUAUUAUAGAUGCUUAUGUCAAAAUUCGUACCACUAAAGACGAACAAUUCAUAAAACAAUUUGCCACUCUGGACGAACAGCAAAAGGAAGAAAUGAAACGAGAAAAGAGACGAAUUCAAGAACAACUAAGACGUAUUAAACGCAAUCAAGAAAGAGAACGUUUGGCUCAAUUGGCGCAAAAUCAAAAGCUGCAACCCGGAGGCAUGCCCACAUCUUUGGGUGAUCCCAAAACAUCACAGAGUUCUUCGCACAAAGAAAGAGACAACAGUCAUAAAGAAGUUAGUCCUUCAAGAAAGAAAUUCAAAUUGAAACCAGAUUUGAAACUUAAAUGUGGCGCCUGCGGGCAGGUUGGCCAUAUGCGUACCAACAAAGCUUGUCCCCUAUACACGGGUACUCAAGGUCCACCUUCUUCAUCCAUGAAUGUAUCCAUGGCCGAAGAACCUGAGGAGGAACCAGAAAGAGAAGAAGAGAGAAGAGUUGAAAAGAACGUAGAGGAAGAUGAUUUGGUAAAUGUUGAUGGUACAAAAGUAACAUUAAGCAGUAAAUUAUUGAAACGUCACGAUGAGGGUAGUCGCAAGAAAGCCCUACUGUUGAAAGUGCCCAAAGAUGUUAUGGGUAAAAAGAAAAGAAGAAUGGCCAGUGAUAUACAUUGUGAUUAUUUGCAACGACACAAUAAAACAGCAAAUCGCAGAAGAACUGAUCCAGUAGUUGUAUUAUCUUCUAUACUAGAAGAGAUACUCAACGAUUUAAGGGCUAUGCCCGAUGUAACACCAUUUAUGUUUCCAGUUAACGCAAAGUUGGUUCCCGAUUAUUAUCGCAUAGUUACAAAACCCAUGGAUUUACAAAGUAUGCGCGAUAAUAUACGCCAAAAACGCUAUCACAGUCGUGAAGAAUUUCUAGCCGACCUCAAUCAGAUAGUGGAAAAUUCGACUUUGUACAAUGGGCCAAAUAGUUCUUUCACCAACGCCGCUCAACGCAUGUUAAAAAGUUGUUUUGAUUUAUUAGCCGAAAAAGAAGACAAACUUAUGCGUUUGGAAAAAGCCAUUAAUCCUCUAUUGGAUGAUGACGAUCAGGUGGCUUUAUCAUUUAUAUUCGAAAAACUGCAUGGCAAAAUUAAACUUAUGCAAGAAAGUUGGCCUUUCCUUAAACCGGUCAACAAGAAACAAGUCAAAGACUAUUACACGAUUAUAAAGAAACCCAUGGAUUUGGAAAGUAUUGGUAAAAAUGUAGAAGCUCAUCGCUAUCAUUCACGUGCCGAGUUUUUGGCAGAUAUUGAAUUAAUUGCUACAAAUUGUGAACAAUACAAUGGCAGCGAAUCUCGUUUUACUAAAAAUGCAAAACAUAUUUUAGAAUAUGCUCGAUCACAAUUAGAUGAGUUUGCUGAGCAUUGUACACAACUAGAGCAGAAUAUAGCAAAGGUACAAGAGCGUGCACGUGCUGAUGCUGAACUUGAUGAUACCUGGGGUGGUGAUGAUCAAGACUAUGAUUACAUGCGUACAAGUCGUUCUAGUACUCCUGAAAAUGAUUUUAUUGAUGUUGAGGGUAAUGAAAGACCAUCAACCUCAACUGCCGCUUCCUUCCAGCGGGGCAUUGGUGGUCAUAUAUCACUGACCACUGGACAAUCUGCAACAGCACAAACACCAGAUAUGGCUCCACCGGUAGAUAUUAAACGUGGUCGUGGACGACCUCGCAAACAUCGUGACACUGUGGAAGAGGUCAAAUUUAAUCCGAAUGCUGUUAAACGUGGUCGUGGUCGUCCCCGUAAGGACAGCCUAGCCUCAAAUAUAAGUAACCCACAUAAUUCCUCCUUUCUGGAAGAAGAUCUGCAAUGUUCUACGGACGAUGAUGAGGAUGGCUUUCAAGAAGUCUCAGAGGAUGAAAAUAAUCCCGCAAGUUACUUGGAUCAAAGUGAACGGGCUAAUUCUAUGUCAAAUGCUGGAGGCAGUGAGGGUGGUUCUGAUUUUAUAGAUGCUGCUAAUAUAAAGACGGAAAUGAAAAUUGAACCGCCUCAAAUGGGUGGAGAUGACUCUCUGGAUUUGGAUCCUAAUUACGAUCCAUCCGAUUUCCUUACAAUGCACAAUCGUAUAGGCAAUAAUAAUGAUAAUAAUCAACAGCAACAAGACAAUAAAAUGUCUCAAUAUCUGCAACACGAUGAAGCCCAAAACGAAAGUAUUCAACAAACAACAAAUCAAAUGCCCUUAAUGAUGGGCUCAAAUGAUAAUAUGGGCAUAGAUGAUGAUUUGGCCAUUUCAGAAAGUGAUGAAGAGGAUGAUGGUAAUGUGCGUGUUAAAAGAGAAAUUUUCAACGAUCAAAUGGAUGAUGAACAAGAUCAACAGCAACAACAACAGCAGCAACAGAUGCAACAAUCAAUGAUUGAUAUUGAAAUGCAACAACAGCAACAAGAACAAUUACCGAUUCAGCCUUAUGGUAAUAUUGAUGUUGCAAAAGAUGAGUAUCAACAGCAACAUCACCAGUCCCAAAAUCAAUCCUCCCACCAUGAUGAUAAUAAUGAUGAUGACUGGCUAAGAUUUUAAGAUAUGAGUUUUUUUUUCAUAACUUUGUAAGUUUGGUUUUUGUAAAGUAAAUAAAGUAUGCUUAAUUGAUUUUUGUAAAAGA